CUACUAAACUUUAUGCGGCUCUCAAGCACAUAAAUAAACUAAUAAGACAAAUACAAGCAAACACACAAACUCCUAAUAACACCUUAAUACAAACAUAUAACGAAGAUAUAGACUAUAUCAACAACAAAACAGAAAUACAAAUCAACCACAUCAUACCAAAGGACCUAAUAUCUACUAACAAGAAGGCACUAAUCAUACAGCUAAAAGUUCAGCAAAAGACAAUACAUCGAGCCAGAAAACUAGAAAAUAACCUCACCCACCAAAGUACAAUCAACAAAUACAUUAGCAAAAGAUACAAUGACUUUAAUAACAAUACUACUCACAUGAUUAAUAGCAUACUAAAAAGACAUACUGAUCUGGUCCUACUUCACAAUAUAUGCAAAGCAGAUGAAGUUAUUACAGAACCAGAAUGA